GGGAACGUGCCCGGUGCUGCCCAGUCUUUGUCUGCUGCCUCCGGAUGCACAGCGAUGGGGGAAUGGACCAUCUUGGAGAGGCUGCUGGAAGCCGCCGUGCAGCAGCACUCCACUAUGAUCGGGAGGAUCCUGUUGACUGUGGUGGUGAUCUUCCGGAUCCUCAUUGUGGCCAUUGUGGGAGAGACGGUGUACGAUGAUGAGCAGACCAUGUUUGUGUGCAACACCCUGCAGCCAGGCUGUAACCAGGCCUGCUAUGACCGCGCCUUUCCUAUCUCCCACAUACGUUACUGGGUCUUCCAGAUCAUUAUGGUGUGUACCCCCAGUCUCUGCUUCAUCACUUACUCUGUGCAUCAGUCUGCCAAGCAGCGAGAACGCCGCUACUCUACUGUCUUCCUAGCCCUGGAUAGAGACCCCCCUGAGUCCAUGGGGGGUUCUGGAGGAACUGGGGGUGGGGGCAGUGGCGGGGGCAAACGAGAAGACAAGAAGUUGCAAAAUGCCAUUGUUAAUGGGGUGCUGCAGAACACAGAGAACACCAGCAAGGAGACAGAGCCAGAUUGUCUAGAGGUUAAGGAACUGACUCCACACCCAUCAGGGAUGCGCACUGCAGCACGAUCCAAGCUCCGAAGGCAGGAGGGCAUCUCCCGCUUCUAUAUCAUCCAAGUGGUGUUCCGUAAUGCCCUGGAGAUUGGGUUUCUUGUGGGCCAAUAUUUUCUUUACGGCUUCAGCGUCCCAGGGUUGUAUGAGUGUGACCGCUACCCCUGCAUCAAGGAGGUGGAAUGUUAUGUGUCCCGGCCUACAGAGAAGACAGUCUUUCUAGUGUUCAUGUUUGCUGUGAGUGGCAUCUGUGUUGUGCUCAACCUGGCUGAACUCAACCACCUGGGAUGGCGCAAGAUCAAGUUGGCCGUGCGAGGGGCCCAGGCCAAGAGGAAGUCAGUCUAUGAGAUCCGUAACAAGGACCUGCCCCGGGUCAGUGUUCCCAAUUUUGGUAGGACUCAGUCCAGUGACUCUGCCUAUGUGUGA